UUACAAAAUCCAUGUAUAUGAUAGCGAGUGAUAAGGUGAUAAGCGUCAGUCGCUUAGAGGUUGUGAACGUGUUUAGACAUUUGUUUUCAGUCAGGGUGGAGACAAUGACGUAGUUUCAGGGAGAAAAAACGUGAAAUAAUAGAAUAAUGUUGAUUGAAUUGCAAUCUGCAGACAAAUAUAAACAAUUAGCAGUUGUGCAGAAACAAACUGUAAUAAACAUCAAGACAACAGAGAUCGGAAGAGAAAGACAGCAAGAAAGUGAGAAAAAAAAAAAAAGUGUGGAAAAUAAUAAAACAACUGAAACUGAUAAGCGAUAUCCGCAAAACAAACAGAACGUCAAUAAUUUCCAACUGUUAACUUGUCGGCGAUUAUUUCGGCUGCCACAGCGCGCAGUGCAGAGCAGUGUUGUGUUUGUGUGUGGCAGGUGCUUUUGCUGUUGCCGUUGCUGUGUGCCACAUGUUGUCAUGUUGACAAACCGAGCUGGAACGACAACGCUUAUCAGCCUGUGGCUGAUGUUGUGGCUGACGUCUGGUGCCAACGGCGCCACGGUCACCUGGGGCCAGGUCAACAAGUACGCCAGCACGUUGCAUGCACAAGAUGUUUACUUGCCACAUCCGGAAGUGGAUGUGGAUGUUGUAUAUGGUUCACAGAAUGACCAAGCUAUCGAUGGCUAUACGAUAACGGCGGUGCACGCCUAUGAUAUGACACCGCUGGCGUUGCAUGGCGGAGAUGGUGGCACCGCACAGCUGCUAAGUGGCGGCGUGGGUCAACAGCAUGCCAGGGUACGCUUCAAGCGGCACUCGACCAACGACCAAUUGCCCGAGGCGAUGCACUUUCAGCUGGUCAUUUACGGCAUCAACCUGUGAUAGCAGUUUAACAAGUUUCUGUUGCUGCUUCGUUUUUGGUUUUUUGUUUUUUUUGUGUUAGUCAAAUGUUUCGCAACUUAAUUAAGUUCCAAUUAAACUUUGUAUGCGAUGCUGGGACAACUUCCUGCUUCGAGACAGAUAGUUGUGUUAACUAAAUUAUAAUAAUGUCAUAAUUAAGAGCAUGACUUGUGCUUAUUUAUAUGGAAAAUGAGAAAAAUUCCAAGCAUCAACCGACGAACGCACUUUGACAGCAUCAGGCGACAACUUGGCUGCUGCUGUUGAUGCUGAUGCUGUUGCGGCUGCUCAACCUGCAACAUGUAAUGAGAUGCAAAUGCAUUGUUGCACACACACACACAAACACAGAGGAAGAGUGAGUGAACCGCUUGGUGGCUUGGUUUGCAAGCAUAAGUCGAUUUAAGCGCCUGAUAAACUCUGUUUAACCAGAUUCCCUGGCGUCGCAUCCCGCCGCACUUAACAUGUGCAAUGUGUCUCGUAAGCAGCUUCUAGGCGAUUAAGGAAUCAUUUACCUGCAUCUCAAGCCCGGAGAGAGCGGAAAACUUUGCUGCACUUGGUCGGGAGCAGAGUCACUCGAUUGUAAAUAAGUUGCUUUUAACUAUAAGCCAUUCGCACUUAAUAUAUUGUAGUACAUAUGUAUAUAUAGCAAAUGUUAUGUUUAACUUAAGCUUCAGCUCUGAGAGUAAUUGACAAGCAACAUUAAAUGAACUCUACGAAAA